CUCGAUCCCUGGGCUAAUCCCACGAAUUGUCCAAAUCUAAAUCCACUGAUGAAGCAGCGGCACACAGUUAGGGACACAAACACUCAGUGAGAGAGAGAGAGAGAGAGAGCGAGAGAGAGAGAGAUUGCAUGGAUGGGGGGAGAAAUAGAAACGAGCUCAUAUCAAAACGGGGCCAAUAUUCACCCUUGUCCAUUUUGCCUUAUUAUGUGCCAUGUGCUCAUGUUCUGUGCUCUCCGUAUGUUUCAUUACCGAUGCACCAGCCACCCGGUGUGCCAACUCAUCAAAGGGGACCGUCGGGCUCGGCUGACGUCACCCAUCCAGCUUCUGUAAUCGAAAGAGACAUUAAUCCCGCUGCUCUCCAAAGCCUGGCAGUCGGGUGGGGUGGGGGACAGAGGAGGGAUACUGAGCGAGACAUGAGGAAGGAAGUUGGAAGCAGGGGACACAGGAACGCAUGCAGCCUCUGGUACGGCGGACGGACUCGGCACGGAGCUGGACGAGUGAGACGGGUGCUGUCCCAUAACGGAAAUAGGAAAACCGGGCAGGCGACCGCGUCCUGAACCUCUGCUCAACAUCCGGGACAUCUGAGGGUCCAGGACGCCCCCCCCUCCUCCCCCGUCCUCCCUCCUCCUUACCCCCCACCUUACACAGGCUUCGCCCUGGAGGCCAAAAGCCUGCUUGAGGCCUCUGCGGAGGGGGAAUGCUGUGGGAGCCGCUCGCCUCCUCCCGGGCCCCCCCGAGUGUCGCCUGUACUCAUCGUGGAGGAGACGGGCUUCACCACCGUGAGGCUGUGCCAAGAUGGGGACAUCUGCCUGACUGCAAGUGAGGGAUGCAUGGAGGAGACGAGCGGAGAUGCAAACUGCCAAGACGUGCAGAGGAAGGGCCGGCGGUUAUCAUUCCAGAUCUUCCCGGACCCCGUCGAGGUGGCCCUGGACCCCGAAACCACCAUGAACAGGCUGGACCUCGACCACGUGAAGGAGCGUCUGCCCUCCAUCGUGGUGGAGCCCACGGAGCUGAGCGAGGUGGAGAGCGGAGAGCUGCGCUGGCCCCCGGAGAGCGUGGACAUGGAGGAGGACGAGGAGGACCUGUUCCUGGAGCAGUGCAUCCCUCCGGCCAACAUUGCAGACUGGGGAGAAGAAGAGGAGGAGGAGGAGGAGGAGACGUCGGUUAUACUGAACGAGCACCACGGCAUGACGCUCAUUGACCUUCAGUCCGACGCGUUCAGAGACGACACCCCCACCCUCCCACCGAGCAGCGCUCCGGCCCUCAACUGACUCGGGGGGGGGAGCCGGUGAGGAAACAUCCUCCUUGAUGGGCCGAUGACGAAACAUCCCGCAGUUUGACAGGGAGGGACGAUGCAAAAGAUGGAGCUGAAAAACCUGCAUUGAUGAGGAAAACACCAAUCUCAAAUUAUGUUUUAGACGUCAAACCCCAAGAAACAGCUGCACGCCAAUUCAAUGUGUAUGUUCGCAUUUAUAUGAAGAUGCACAUGUGUCUGCAGCCAAAAGAAUAGAGACAUAUUUGCGGAGGCAGGGAUUUUUUUUCUACUUUUAAGAAAACCUUUGCUGACGUUGUAACUUUAUGUUUCAUUUCCCUUAUUUCGUGGUUUUUAAGGGCUCUCUGAUGUCAUGGAACUAAACCCAAACAUCCCGCUGGUUUUCUUUAGUUUGUGCUUUGUUAAUCUACACUUCCCUCAACCUUAUUAUUAAACCUGCUGCUCGGAGUCACCAUCUUGACCCCAUAGGCGGCUUUAGAGGACAUUUACCUGGUUAUAGCUUCAGUUUAUUGUGUAUUAGGUGCUGCCCUCGAUCCACUUGCUGCUGUUAUGAAUCUUUGGAGCAUUUUGAAAGGACCACAUCCGUUGGUUGUACUACUCAUUGUGACAAAUACUGACUAACGUUGGGAUGAUCAAUUUCCACAAUGUUACCAGAAUCACCGGUCACAGUCUUUGUUGGAAGUGGGAGUGGACAUCCAGUUUGUUUUCAUCCAGGUUGAACCGCCAAAGGUCCGGCAGCUCUGGUAGCUUUUCAUUAACAGUUGUAGACACCGUCGAGAAUUGUAAUUGUGUUAUGAUACUCAUUUCUGUUUAGGCUGAUUUGUGAAUAACUUGUAUAUAUGGAAACAUUUUGUGACAUAAUAGAAUAGAAUCUGGAAUUUAUCAAUAAAGUAAUUUGUCCCACUAA